AGUGUAUAAUGGGAUAAUCUCCAUCCUGAACCACCAAACUCUUGAAUAUAAAUACACCUCACUAGCUUCAACACGCUCAUCGCAAUUUCGCAGGAGUUGCUUCUUUGCAUACAACAAAUUCGUCUGAAUCUUGCAACUUUCUACGGUUUAUAAACAGCCUCCACCACCACCGUUGCCGUUGCCAUCAUCCCGUUGAUGGCUAUGACCACAAAUGGCAUCUCUUCCAAAUUGAUCCCAUCUUUCCUUCGCUGUCUUAACUCGUCUUCUCCCUCUUUCACCACCCCCCGUUUCCGUUUUGCUCAGAGAACAACGAUUAACACGGCAACCACCACCAUCUUCGCACCUCCAGCACAGCCGGAACAAAGCACCAUCGACAACUCCAAUGACGACUGUGUUUAUAAUUUUGAAGACACCAAACGCCUUUUCUCAUCCGUUAAGACUGGUAAACUUAUACGAUCAGCGGCGAACCUUAGCAUGGCUUCGGUGGAGCCGGUAGUGGAUUUGGGGAUGUGGGUGAUGGGUUCUAGGUUAAUGCAGAUGGGUUUGUUAAGAGAGGCUGUGUUAGGUGGAAUCAAGCAUACGGUUUAUGAGCACUUUGUUGCCGGUUCCGACGCCGGUGAGGCUGGUCGAACUGUGAAGAAAUUAUGGGAGUCCGGGUUAAGAGGGAUGUUGGAUUAUGGUCUGGAGCAUGCAGUUGAUAAUGAAUCGUGUGAUAAAAACGCUCAACAGUUCAUCAAAACUGUUGAAUCAACCCAAUCUCUUCCUCCAUCUUCUGUUAGUUUUGUAGUCGUGAAGAUCACAGCUAUCUGCCCAAUCUCUUUGCUAAAGAGAGUGAGUGAUCUACUUAGAUGGGAAUACAAACACAAGAAUUCAUCUUCGUUUGUGCUCCCAUGGAAGCUAAAAACCCUUCCCAUAUUUGUCGAAUGCAGUCCUUUUUACCACACACUAACAAAACCCUCCCCUUUGACCAUGGCAGAAGAGCUUGAUCUUGAACUAGCUCAACAAAGACUAACCACCAUAUGUAAUAAAGCCAUUGAAAGCAACGUGCCUGUAGUCAUUGAUGCAGAGGAUACUUCUAUCCAACCAGGGAUCGAUUACUUCACAUAUUCAGCGGCAAUCAUGUACAACAAAGGUCAAAAGCCCUUGAUUUCCGGGACCAUUCAAGCAUAUUUGAAGGACGCCGGGCAGAGGUUGUUCCAGACAAAAAAAGCCGCCGAUAAAUUGGAACUGCCGAUAGGGUUUAAGCUAGUAAGAGGAGCUUAUAUGUCUAGCGAAAGGAAAUUGGCUAAUUCUCUUGGUGUUGAGUCUCCUAUUCACAAUAGCAUCAACGAGACACACCGUUGUUUCAAUGAUUGUGCUUCGUUCAUGGUAGACGAGCUUUCUAAUGGCCCUGGUGGGCUCAUUCUUGCCACUCAUAAUCUUGAAUCAGGGAAACUGGCCGCACGAAAGGCAGGUGGUUUGGGGAUUGGUAGAGAAAGCGAUAAGCUGGAGUUUGCUUCACUUUACGGGAUGGCGGAUGCAAUGAGUUUUGGAUUGAGAAAUUCAGGGUUUAAGGUGAGCAAGUACUUGCCAUUUGGGCCUGUUGAUAAGAUCAUGCCUUACCUUUUGCGACGAGCUGAAGAGAACAAAGGGCUACUUUCAUCUUCAUACCUCGAUAGACACCUCAUGAUGAAAGAGUUGAAGAGGAGAGUGAAAGCUUGUGUUGGCCAAGUCCCAAUGGUUGGCAGAAAAAGAGAGAGGCCCAUGGUUUAAGUUGAAGUGCAGAAAACAUGAGCUUGAUGAUCCUUUUGCUUCUAGACCUUAUUAACAUGCUUUUUUCAAGGAUGUAUAUAAAUCAAUAGAAGCAUGGUGUUUAUUUGAA